UUGGAAAUUUGAAGAUGAAGUACUUUCUUCUGCCAACUCAUUUAGCAUUUCUCUGUAGCUUUGCACUAAGUAAACCCGUUCAGAUAGCUACAAGAAAGAAUGACUUAGACAGUGACAUAGCUGUGUAUGAAGGAGACAUCCUCUUGAGAAGAGGGCGACGCAGUGCAAUUAACUGUGAGAGUUGUUUAUGGCCCAAGUCACAAGAUGGACUGGUCAAGGUUCCAGUUAACAUCUCUUCUGAUUUCUCAAUAACAGAGAGGUUUUGGAUUGCUGAUGCUUUGCAAGAGAUCUCCACACUGACUUGUGUGCAAUUUGUAAAUCGCACUACAGAAACAGACUAUGUUUAUGUUGAACGAGGGCAGAGCUGCUGGUCUUAUUUUGGAAAGAUUGGAGGACGUCAAGCAGUAGGCCUGGUGAAAAAUGGUUGCAUGGAUAAAGGAGCAAUUCAGCAUGAAAUGAACCACGCUCUGGGUUUCAUCCAUGAACAGGCACGGAGUGAUCGGGACAGGUUUGUCAAGAUUAUGUGGGAACACAUAGUGGCAGGGGAACAAGGGAACUUUGGGAAAAUGAAUUCCAAAAACCUGGGCCUUCCCUAUGACUACUCUUCAGUGAUGCACUAUGGCGCGUAUGAUUUCUCCAGCACUCCAGGAAAACCAACUAUUGUACCAGUUCCUGACCCCUCUACACCUAUUGGGCAGAGAGAUGGGCUGAGUAACUUGGAUGUAGCUAAAAUCAACAAGCUCUACAAGUGCAAUUGCUGUAGCUCUGUGUUGCCUAAACCCAAAGGCUCGUUCUCCUCUGUCAAUUACCCAUCCCCAUACCCGAACAAUAGCAACUGUCUGUGGUUGAUCCGCAUCCGUCGAAGUAAGAUUUUCCUGCAGUUUGAGGCUUUUGAUCUCCAAGGCUCCUUAGACUGUUCUUCUGACUACAUAAAAAUUUACAAUGGGAACAGCAAGAGCUCCCCUGUCUUGCUGGACAAGUACUGUGGGAAGGGUCCGCUGCCCUCCUUAGUGGCAUCUGGAUCGACAAUGCUGGUAGAGUUUGCAAGUGAUGAGAGCAUUACAGCCACGGGAUUCAGAGCCUCCUACAACAGGGUGAAUUGUGGAGCCACUUUCAGAGAUUCAAAGGGAGUCAUCACCUCUCCAAACUACCCCAAUAAAUACCCCAAAAACAGAGCAUGUUUCUGGGUCAUUACUUCUCCAGCAGGAUACAAGAUAUCUCUCAAAAUGUUAUCCUUUGAGCUGGAAUAUAGUGACAGAUGCAUCUAUGACUACUUGCUCAUACAUGAUGGAAGCCGCCCUACGUCACCUGCAGUUGGCCCUUAUUGUGGGACAGAGAAGGUUAAAGACUUUACUUCCACUGGGAACUUUGUGCUGGUUGAAUUCCACAGUGAUUUAGUGUGGGAGUUGCCUGGAUUUGUGAUGAGUUACACAUUUGCUAGGUAAGUACAAUACAGAUGGGGUUUGAAAAACACAGAAUGAGAGUAAGAGUCCAGCUAGCCACAGGUAAAAGUCGAUGCCACAAAUUUCAGAAAAAAAAAAUAGCUUGAUACCUUUAGCAAGCAUGAAGUUUGAUCUCUUAGUUUUACGUCUACAGUGGUGUAAUUUCCAUAGUGAAUCAAGGACAGAAAUGUUCCUGCCCAUGGGAUGCUUCUGUCUGAGACUGUAUGCUUUUUAUUAUAGUAUUCUUAUUGCUGGUGUUGCAUAGCAAAACACAAUAGCAGAGCUGAAACUAUGUAAGCAUCAGAACUUCUAGUAGUAGAAACUGUGCCCAUAAAAAAACU